UGGUUGGUGAAGUAAAAAAGUAGUUGUCAAGUCAGUGGGUUCCUUCCUUGUUCUCUCCAUCAGUUUCCCCCAUUUGUGGCGUUGCCCCUUUAUCUUUCUCUCUCUGAUUCCUUCCCAAACCCUUUUCAUUUCUUAUUCCUUUGAUUUCUGUUUGGGCUCUACAAAACUGUCAGAGAGACUUCUGAUCUUCCAUGGCCAAAAGCUCCUUCAAGCUGGAACACCCUCUGGAGAGGAGGCAGGCAGAAGCUGCUCGUAUCAGGGAGAAGUAUCCAGACAGAAUUCCGGUUAUUGUGGAGAAGGCUGAAAGGAGUGACAUACCAGACAUUGACAAGAAGAAGUACCUGGUUCCUGCUGAUCUGACUGUUGGGCAGUUUGUUUAUGUGGUCCGGAAGAGGAUAAAACUUAGUGCUGAGAAAGCCAUAUUUAUAUUUGUCAAGAACAUUUUGCCACCUACUGCUGCCAUGAUGUCGGCAAUCUAUGAGGAAAACAAAGAUGAGGAUGGUUUCCUUUAUAUGACUUACAGUGGAGAAAAUACAUUUGGAUCCUUUUAAGUGCAGCCAAGCUGAGUAUCUGUAAAUAUAACCUUAAUAAGUAUGAAACAUGUAUAUUCUUUCGACUCCUGCAACCCAAAUUUGAGGUUGCUUUUCUUAUAAUGCCUACUGAUAACUGUUGGAUCUAUGGCUUUAUGCCGUUAUUAUGGAAAUAUUGCAUGGUUAUUCCUACUAAGA